GCUCCGCCUCGCCCGGCGACGCAGGCGGUAGGGCUGCGGUAGGGGCCGGGCGGCACCAUGGCGGCGGCAGCGCCUGCUGCGGCGACUUCUCCCGAGGCGCCGGCCGUCCCGGGCAGCGCAGAGCGGGAGACGGGAGACGAGGACAGUCGUGAGGUCCGAGUGCUGCAGAGCCUGCGCGGCAGGAUCUAUGAAGCAAAAAAUUUAUUGCCAUAUCUUGGACCCAACAAAAUGCGAGAUUGUUUCUGCACUAUAAAUUUGGACCAGGAAGAAGUUUAUCGCACCCAGGUUGUUGAAAAGUCUUUAAGUCCAUAUUUCAGUGAAGAAUUUUAUUUUGAGAUUCCAAGAACUUUCCAGUAUUUGUCUUUUUAUGUUUAUGAUAAAAAUGUUUUACAAAGAGAUCUUCGUAUAGGAAAAGUAGCCAUCAAAAAAGAAGACCUGUGCCGUCACAGUGGUAAAGAAACUUGGUUUUCACUGCAGCCUAUUGACUCAAAUUCAGAAGUUCAGGGAAAGGUUCACCUUGAGCUAAGACUGAAUGAGCUGAUUACAGAGAAUGGAACCGUGUGCCAGCAGCUUGUUGUACACAUCAAGGCAUGCCAUGGGUUGCCUCUCAUAAAUGGACAAAGCUGUGAUCCUUAUGCAACAGUUUCCCUCGUGGGCCCUUCUAGGAAUGACCAAAAGAAGACGAAAGUAAAGAAGAAAACAAGCAAUCCGCAGUUCAAUGAAGUCUUCUAUUUUGAGGUAACCAGAUCCAGCAGUUACACCAGGAAGUCCCAGUUCCAGGUGGAGGAGGAGGACAUUGAGAAGCUGGAGAUCAGGAUUGACUUGUGGAAUAAUGAAAACCUAGUCCAAGAUGUUUUCCUAGGAGAGAUUAAGGUUCCUGUCAAUGUGUUAAGAAGUGAUUCCUUUCAUCAAGCCUGGUACUUGCUACAACCCAGAGACAAUGGAAGCAAGUCAUCUAAAACGGAUGACCUGGGAUCUCUUCUCUUAACUCUGUGUUAUACAGAAGACUACGUGCUUCCGUCAGAGUACUAUGGACCGUUGAAAACCUUGCUGCUAAAAUCACCAGAUGUUCAGCCAGUGUCCGCCUCAGCUGCUUAUAUUUUGGGUGAAAUAUGUCAAGAUCAAAAGGAUGCUGUCUUGCCCCUUGUACGACUGUUGCUGCAUCACAGUAAACUUGUUCCUUUUAUCACUGCGGUAGCUGAGCUGGACUUGAAAGAUACUCCAGAUGCUAAUGCAAUAUUUAGAGGAAACUCCCUGGCUACGCAGUGUCUGACUGAGAUGAUGAAGAUAGUGGGAGGGCACUACCUGAAAGUCACACUGAAGCCCCUUCUAGAUGAGAUAUGUGAAUCCUCGAAAUCCUGUGAAAUAGAUCCUGUUAAGUUGAAAGAGGGAGAUAAUGUAGAGAAUAAUAAGGAGAAUCUGUACUACUAUGUGGACAAAGUAUUCAAUACGAUUGUAGGAUCAAGUGUGAGCUGCCCCACUGUGAUGUGUGAUAUUUUUUAUUCUCUGAGGCAAAUGGCUGCUAAGAAAUUUCCUAAUAACCCUCAUGUUCAGUACUCUGCAGUGAGCAGCUUUGUGUUUCUUCGUUUCUUUGCUGUAGCGAUACUCUCACCUCAUGCUUUUCAUUUGCGACCUCAUUAUCCAGAUACACAGACAGUUAGGACAUUAACUCUCAUCUCAAAAACCAUUCAGAUUAUUGGAAACUGGGGAUGUCAGUCCAGAAGAAAGUCACGGUCAAAAAAGUCAGUCAUGUGUGAAUUUCUCAAAAUGUUUCAAGAAGAAAGAUAUUUUACAGACGUGAAAAAGUUCUUGGAUGAAAUUUCAUCUACGGAAACUAAAGAGUCCAGUGGUACGAGUGAGCCUGUGCACCUGAAAGAAGGUGAGAUGUAUAAGAGAGCUCAAGGAAGAACCCGUAUUGGAAAAAAGAACUUCAAGAAACGAUGGUUCUGCUUGACAAGCAGAGAGCUCACCUACCACAGACAGCAAGGCAAAGAUGCAAUUUACACUAUUCCAGUAAAAAAUAUUCUUGCUGUGGAAAAAUUGGAAGAAAGCUCUUUCAACAAGAAAAAUAUGUUCCAAGUGAUACAUACAGAGAAGACGCUGUACAUCCAAGCAAACAACUGUGUGGAAGCCAAUGAGUGGAUAGAUGUUCUGUGCAGGGUGAGCAGAUGCAACCACAACAGGCUCAGUUCUUUCCAUCCCUCAGCGUAUCUCAAUGGAAACUGGCUCUGCUGCCAGGAGACGAGUGAAAGCACACCAGGCUGUAAGCCGUGCACCGCAGGCAUCCCUGCAGAUAUCCAGAUAGAUAUCGAUGAAGACAGAGAAACAGAAAGAAUUUAUUCCAUUUUUACCCUCAGUUUACUUAAGCUGCAGAAAAUGGAAGAGACCUGUGGGUCUAUAGCUGUGUAUCAGGGGCCGCAGAAAGAACCUGGUCAUUCUAAGUUCACCAUUGAGGAUUCUGUUGCAACCUUUAAGACAAUUCAGCAAAUAAAAAGCACCAUAGAGAAGCUAGAUGAACCUCAUGAGAAAUACAGAAAGAAAAGAUCAAGUAGUGCAAAAUACGGAAGCAAGGAAAAUCCAAUUGUUGGAAAAAUAUCGUAGUUUGACCAACUGAUGGAGAACUGGAAAAUACUCUUUUUCAUCAAGUUUUUCAGUUCACCCUGUUGUUCAUAGUAUGUACGAAUGGACAUUGGCUUUGAUGACACCUGCUCUCAUAAUGUAUAAUAUUUAAUGAUUGAAAUUAACUGUUUGGGAUCCUGAUACUGCUGUGUGUAUUACUAAAGAAUUUGAAACCCAAGAUUUCCUCCAUAGCCAUGCAUCCAGCCCUGUGUCCCUGCAGCUUCCUUCUGAUGGGAAGGCUCUUUCUGAGGACGCUCCCAAGCAGCUCUGUGACAAGGGAGCACUUGACAGCAAGACGCCGUCUCCACCUGGAACACUCCUGUGUCACACACCACCGUCAGUGCCUCCUCUGUGCUGCCAACAUUGAGUUUACUACAGAGCUACAGUUCCUUGUCAGGUCAGAACUUUCCAUUAAGUUCAUCUGGACCUUCAGUCUUUAAAAAAAAGAAAAAACCCUUUUUCCUCUGUUGUGUUAGCCAUUACAGGUUAGAGACAGACACAAAGACAUCUGAACACCUUUGAAAGCUGGCGGGUGUCUCUCCUGGUCACAGGUGAGGGUGCUCAGCUGUGAGGGGAUGUGUGCGCCUGUGUGCACCAUGUUUACAUUGGAGUGGGUGGUGGUGCGAGACAGUGGACCACUAAAGUGGCCUUCAUUGUUCAGCUGUUGGGGACUCGCUUUCUCCAGAAUUCAGGUUAGCACUCCUCCUGAGGGCAGCUCCUCUCAACGGGAAGAGAAGCAGUGAGUGAGCAGUGAGGGUAUCGCUGGCUGUUGCCUUCUGUGCCACAUCAUAAUAAGGGUGUGUAAGGAUACCCUCCAUAGUGUUAGGUCCUGCUCUAACUAGAGAACGGUCACUUGGCGCACUUUAAUAAUCUGGCACAUUCCAGAUUGUAGUUUGGAUACUCCAUAGUAUCUAUCUUUUGAUCAGUUGAAUGAUCAGUGUUUAAAUAUCAAACAGUGCUUUCCUGAAAAUGUUGAUAUUGUAUUGCUGUUUCCUUAUUGCCUGCUAGCCAAAGGGAAUUAGGGACAGCACCUGUUGGAAUACCUGUGUUUCCUAACUCUCCUCUGGUCCUAGAAACCCUACCUGUAAAUAAGCCGUUGAAGCAAGUGUCCCUGAGAAGGAGUGAUACACUUGGCUUCAUCAGUAUUAAAAACGAUGGUACUUGUCUUUUUCAGUUUCCAAGUGUGGUACUUUGAACCUUGGGCUAUUUCCAUAUGUUCCUGUUGAAAACUGUGACUUACUGGUGGAAGUCUUAACUAGCUGUGAUCUUCUAUUUCGUUGAGAAUAUACUUAACAAUUAUGUUGUUGCUGGGUAAUUAUUUUUACUUCGUUAGCAGGUGUUUUAAAGAUCAUUAACACAGAAUUGUCCCAUUAAAAAUCAUGACUGAAAAUAUAUUUUUUACAAAUGACUUUUCAGUCAGUACUGGCCUGUAUUGUGCUACAUUGUGACUCCUGGUCCAUACUAAAGCUUAGAAGAGUCCUUUAAAUCUGACAGACUUACAGAUCUGAUUAACUGUACUGUUAGAGAUAUUUUUUAAAAAGAUUAGCCAUUUAAUAAAUUUAUCAUGAAUCUCAUAUUAAAAUGCCUACUUAGAUUCUCUCAAAUGUCUGCCUGAAAGGGACAAAAACCAGGGGCAUUGAAGAGUUAAAGACUCUUGAGUGGUUUGGAACCAUCUGUUGGUUGUUUUGUGUAGGGGUUUUUCUCCCUCACCCCACCCCUCAAAAAAGGAUGAUUUCCUAAUGAUUUCUUCACUAUAUAUCUCUGGCUGGCCUAGAACUCAUAGAAAUCCAUCUGCCUCUGCCUCCUGAGUGCUGGGAUUAAAUGUGUAUAUCACCCCAUCCAGCUCACCUAAUACUUCUAAUAUCACACUCCAAUUACAAGUAUUUUUAAUGAUCACAGGGUCAACAGGGCCAAAGCUGUGUACAUGUAUAACUCUGAGAGCUCAGCCUUUUAGCUCUUUUAUUCACAUGACCCUUUAGACAGCCGGCUCAGCACAGUGUAAAAAGAGAGAUACAAAACCAAUUUUCUUUAGAUUAAGUCUUUUCCAAUCAGAAACUAUGUCCACAGGAUCCUAAGACAAUCAGGGCCCUUCUCGAGGGCUUCCCCUACACUAUGCUCUUGAGUACUUAGAGUCUUAACUCCAUGAUCUCCUCUUUCUGCCUUCUACAAAGAGCAUUUGAAAAGAAACCAUAUAUAUAUAUAUGUGUGUGUGUGUGUGUGUGUGUAUACACAUAUAUACACAUAUAUAUAUACACACAUACAUAUGUGUGUAUACAUAUGUAUGUGUGUAUAUAUAUAUAUAUACAUACAUAUACAUACAUGAGGAAACUUAGCAUAGACACUCACUAGCUCUGACUCCUAGUGGAGCUGUAUCCAUCCAUUGAGAGUGUACUGAACUGUUGUGUGCUUUGUUUAGCAUUCUUUUAAAUCAUCAUCUGAUAAGACACUGGGCAACAGCAAAGGUUUGUUGUUUUUUUUUCUCCCUGAAAUAUAAUUUAUCAAAUCAAACUAUUUUGUUUACCAAAGAACUGUGUUUUUAAUAUCACGGGUAAUAGCUAAACAUCAAAACUGGGCUCUUAUUUUACCAACAAGAAAUAUCAUGUGACUGUUGGCUGGGGUUUGUCUGUGUCUCAAAGGCCUAAUUGCAUUCUUUUACUGGAAAAGUUCAUUCAAGCUAGGUUUUAGAAAAUAGAUUUCUUUUAAGUGAACGCACCUUCUAAAUUGCUUUAAGUACUAUUGAAAAGCCUAUAAAGAUGGACUCAGCAUUGCUUUCUAGUGUCCCCACUUAUGUGACAAAUGCAAAACUCAUUCUAGAGUUAAAUGACUGAUCUUGGUUGAUGUUAUCUGCUUCCAUUUUUAACUUGGGAAUUAAUAUGUUGCUAGUAAAUACUGGUUUUUACAGUGUCUAGUUUGUAAAUGUAAGUUAUCAGACCAUAAUAUAGUGAAUCUAUAUAACCAUGUUGUUGAGAUUGUAUUUUUAUUUAAAUUUUAUUUUCUUAUGAAGAGUAUUAUAAAAAUUAAAAGCUUUUGUAACUGUCAUUUGAAAAUAACUCAAAUAAAGUACAAGAAGCCUA